AUGUGGAGAAUUGCUCAAGCUGGAAAGCAAAGCGGUAAAGUGUUUAUUAGACUCUAUGGACAGACUCAGACAAUAAAAUCAUUUUUCGAUAUCUUUCCAAAGACGUUUCCUCAUGGAGGACCUCCGAAAGAUUCUUUUAAGAUCAACUUAAAGCAACUUCAGCGAGAAUACAGACAAGUUCAAGGUCAGAGCCAUCCUGACGUCGUCUUUGGAUCUAGCAUAUUAAGUAAGAAUGAAGGGGGCAAAACCAAAGAAGACUAUUCAUCAACCGUGAACAAAGCAUAUAUCACUCUUAGGAGUCCCUACAACAGAAUAGCCCACAUAAUUAAGCUUAAUCAUCCCGAGCACUUGGAUAUAACUAAGGAGACUUCGAAUGAUUUGAUUGCGAAGUAUCAAGCUAAUUCUCCUGAAAGUGCAUUAGAAUAUAAGGAAAUGCUUAUGUUAGUAUUGGAAGCACAUGAGUCAUUGGAGACGGCAACUCUGGAGGAGCACUUGGAUGACUUGAAGGAUGAAAAUGAUGCCAGAAUAGUACAAAGUGAAAACGUAAUAGACAGUUUAUUGAAAGAACCCAAAAUCGAUUGGGAUACUGUGACAAUGGAGGCCAUAAAAUUAAAAUACUGGGUAAAUAUCCAGAAUGGCAUAAAGGAAUGGGAACCUGGCAAGCCAGUUCACUUGACACAUUAG